AUGAAGAUCCUUUCUAACGAAGAGAAAAACGCCCACUGGAACACAGUUCUUGAAGAAGGUAUUAAAGGGUGUGCAGUUGGUGCAGUAUUAUCGAUUGGUUUUGCUCAAUAUGUGAAGAGAAGAAAUCCUGUGAGGUUCGCACAAUUGAGUACGUCAGUUAAAUCUGCGAUGUAUGCUAUGCCAACCAUCGGUAUGGGAGCCUUUUUCGCAGAUGAAGGUUCUGUUCGUUUUGAUAGGGAACAAUACCAGUCUGAUUACUUGAAGAAGCUUGAAGAAGAAAAAUUAGCUAAAUGGGAAAAAUUGUCUUUAGCAGACAAGUGCUUUACCAAGGUCAAUGAUAACAAAUAUAAGAUUAUUUUAAGUGCUUGGGCUGCUUCAUUAUACGGAUCAUGGAAAUACGUCAAUAGAGACCCUAUAAUGACUGCUACUCAGAAGGCUGUACAGGCAAGAAUGUACGCUCAAGCUUUUACUGUUAUAUUGUUGUUGGGAACCAUAUUAUUGUCAAUGCAUGAAGCUGAAUUAAAGAAAGCCGAACCUGCUCCAGUUCCUGAAUGGAAGAGAUACUUAGAUGAGCAGGAGCAAUUGAAAAAAAUUAAGCAAGCUGAAAAUUGA